AUGUCACUGCGAGUCAUUCUUCUCGAUUCAAAUCCAGUCACUGAGAUCCCGCCUCAAGUUGGUCUUCUCACCAAGCUCCGUGAAUUGAAUCUCGAGAAUGUGACCACUCUACGAAAUCCUCCGCAAUCUGUGCGAAGCAGGGGGCUUCAAGCGAUUCAGAAGUACCUGUCGUCUUUCUGUUCCGCUAAGGAUACGUCAGAACUCACACUUUCAAACUAUAACCUUGACCACAUGUUGGUGCCUGUAACCAAGAACUUACAACAUAUUGUUUCAUUAAAUAUGCCCGGCAACCGACUUUCAUACCUCGGCCCUUCCAUUGUACGAUUCUGCAAUAUCAAGAAAAUCAAUCUUGCAGACAAUGCUAUCGAAUACUUUCCUUCUGAACUUCUGUGCCUUGGUACCCUCGAAGAACUAGAUUUGAGCUUCAAUCAGGGCUUGGGGAUCUCAAUCAGCUCCGUCGUCUCGUAUGUGCGGGAAAUGCAAUAA